GCAGGAGCAUCGACCGGACCUUUUCGUCGGAACGUGAUACACCGACGCGGUGGCGUCGUUAGAUGGUGCUGCCAUUGGUAUCAGAGUGAUAAGCAAGUGCCGAGUGAUUAGUGUCACCCUGGAUGAGCCAGGAGUCGUCAGUCCGUCGAAGAGUGAACAGUGACGGUGAUAACGGAAGAUAUAGAAGAAAUUGGUGAAUUGCUGGGAGUUUAUUGAACGAAUGUAAUUAGCAGGUAAGGUUGGAAUGACGCUGUCCACUUUAGAGAAGAUAGCCCUGGUGAUAGUGGCCGCCGUGGGACUUCGGAUAUUUGUGAGGCUGAGCUUGCUCUUAUGGAAAAAGAUAAUAGCGCCGACGAUUGGUCUUGGGAUCGACGUCGCGUCUCAGGGCAGAUGGGCCGUCGUGACAGGAGCCUCCGACGGAUUGGGUAAAGCCUUCGCCAGCGCCCUUGCAGCUAGGGGAAUGGACAUCGUCCUGAUCUCCAGGACCCAGUCGAAGCUGGACGAGGUGGCGGCUGAGUUGAAAAGUAAAUACGGGGUCGAGACGCGAGUGAUAGAGGCUGACCUGACCCAGGGUCAACCUGUGUAUGCUACGAUAGCAAAAGCCAUUGAGGAGCUGGAGGUUGGUGUGCUUGUCAACAAUGCUGGCCUGAGCUACGAUCACCCUGAGGUCUUCGUAAACGUUCCCGAGGAACAUCUUGCCAGGAUUCUUCAACUGAACGUGGCAGGCGUGACCGGAGUCGCGCGUGCUGUUUUACCAGGAAUGAUGGAACGACGUCGAGGAAUCGUUAUCAAUAUUAGUUCUGCAUCCGCCGCGAUGCCUAGUCCUUAUCUGUCGGUGUAUGCCGCUAGCAAAGCUUACGUUGACAAACUGAGUGCUGAUCUUGCUGCUGAAGCAGCACCAAGAGGUGUCACUGUACAGUGCGUGCUGCCUGGUCCGGUAGCGACGAAGAUGUCAAAAAUUAAGAAGGCCACGUGGAUGGCACCGACACCUGAGAAAUUCGUCGAAGCCUCCUUGAAGACCAUCGGUAUCGAAUCCAGAACCACCGGAUAUCCGCCUCAUUAUCUUAUAAUUGGGAUUGUCAAUGCGCUGCAGUGUAUGUGCGAAAAGGGCGCCGUCUGGUUGGUAGCUAAGACGAUGUUGAAUAUUCGCGGUCGAGCCUUGAGGAAGAAGUUGAGGGACCAGAGUAAGGACGUGCAGGACAUUCCGAAACGUGAGAGUGUCGCGACCAGUUAACGCACGGAAUAGUCUCAUGGUUAUAUGUACACUGUGACAACCGAAGGGUCACAGGGUCAUAUUGUUCAGAUUAAUAUAUUUACAAGAAUCUUGUUAAAAAAUAAAUUGUUAUUACUUUAAUUUUGAUAA